GAGAGAGAGAGCGAGAGGGAAGAAGGGUGUGAUCGUAAACGCACCACCCUCUCUCCCCCCUGCAUGUGUCACUAGCCGCUGGAGUCCCCUCUCUCACACAGAAUAUAAAAAAGUUGGGCAAAGUCUGCCGCGUCUUCAAAGCUCCGAGGCGAACGCGACGACUCUCCCCCCCUCUGGAAGUAACGCAGACACGCAGAAGACACCCCGCGCCUCCUCCUCUUCCUCCUCCUCCUCCUCCUCCUGCUCCUCUCCUGCUCCUCCCGUCAGCCCCGUUCACACCGGCGGACCGCGCUCAGGAUGUGGGCGCUGAUUUUUGGGGUCACUUUCGGAUUACUGGCCUCCUGCAGGACAGCCUCGGCUCAAGUACAUUCCCGGUCCUGCAGCUAUGCUGGAGUGUUCCAUGUGGAGGGGAGUGACCGCUACUCCCUGACGUUUGAGCAGGCCCAGGACCUGUGUGAAAGCCUUAGUGCUGUUCUAGCCAGCGACGAGCAGGUGAAGAACGCCCACGCCAAAGGCCUGGAGACAUGCAGAUAUGGCUGGAUCAACAGUGGGAACACAACUAUAUUACGGCACAACCCUCACAUCAAAUGUGCAAACAAUCUCACCGGAAUAAUCUUCCACGUGGAUAAGCUGGACCAGGCUUACGACGCCUACUGCUUCGAUACGUCAGAUAAAUCGGACGUGAACUGCAAGGAACAGGUCAAAGCUCCAGAACCCCUCCCUAUAGAUGACAAAGAUGCCCUCGCCGAUGAGCCCAUGGACGAGGAUUUGGGCGAGGAGGCCGCGACGGACGCGCCCGCGGCCGCGGAGCCCGCCCCGGAGGGCACGGCGGGACCGGCGGUGGACGGGGCGGCCCCGGAGCAGCCCGACGACCCGCCGGCCGAGUCCCCCGCGGAGCCGGACCCCGCGCCGGCCGAGGCGCCCGCCGAAGACGACGCAGAACCCGGAGAACCCGCAGAACCGGCCGAGGCCGGGGAGGCCGCGGAGGCCGGGGAGCCCGUAGACGCCGGGGAGCCCGCCCCGGCGGACCCCAGCGUCGCGCCCGCCCCCCCGGCGGAGGACGACCCGGCCGCGGCGGCGGUUCCGGAAGAUUCCGAGGCGGCGCCCAAGGAGGAAGGGGCGGAGGAAGGGGCGGAGUCGGAGGACCCGGCCCCCGGAGAGGACGCCCCUGCCGAGCCAGCGGAGGGGGAGGAGACACCAGCAGAGGGGGAAGAGACACCAGCAGAGGGGGAAGAGACACCAGCAGAGGGGGAAGAGACACCAGCGGAAGGGGCGGAGACACCAGCAGAGGGGGAAGAGACACCAGCAGAAGGGGCGGAGACACCAGCAGAGGGAGAAGAGACGCCAGCGGAAGGGGAGGAACAGCCUGAGCCCACCGCAGCCGCCCCUGCCGAAGACCUGCCCAACUCCUCGGGACUCCCCCUGGGCAACGCGGACGCAGACGCCCCGCCCGACUCCGCGGGAGAGGAGGCGGUGCAGCCCGUGGACCACGACGACAGCCUGGCGGCGGCCGUCCCCGAACCAGAAGGCAACGACCUCCCCCCAGAGGUAGUCGUUCCCCCUGGACCCCGUGGGCGGAUGGACACGGGCGCGGCCGCAGGAGAGGGGGAGAGCGGCGGAGCUCCAGAUUGGCUGAUCAUUGUGGGCGUGGUCGCAGCCAUCGCCAUCAUCCUCCUCGUGUGUGCCGCCAUCGCCACCAGGAAAAAGUGGUGCGGCAAGCAGCAGACCCUGAUGAUCACGUCCAAGGAGGCGGGAGAGGGGAACGGGGCGGCAGCAGCCAGCUCCAGGGCCCAGGAGAGGGACCAGGAGAUGGUGACGCUGAUGAACAAGGAGAAGAUCCAGGAGAACGGCAACACGGAGGAGUUCACGGUUAUCACCCUGGAGGAGUCGCCAGACAAGCCCCAGCUGGCCUGAGGGGUGGG